GACGUUCUUCCGUGAGUCAACGACGUGCAGGUCAUCCACAGGCUGUGGAGAGUGCCAACAUGGUGGAUUUCGUUUUGUUCUGCUGUUGGCAGGAACGGCAGGCGUCGAGUAGAGGCGAAGAAAAAAAGAAGGCACCAAGUGAGGAAGAAGAAGCCAUGAAUAGCAAUCGAUUUCCUUCUUCAAAGGGGACAAUGGAUGAGAAUUUAGUAAAGAAAGGACGUGCUCGCCUUAAAGCUCGGAGGUUUUCGCGGCUUCAAGAAGUCCCGCGAGCGAUGUCAUCCCUUUCUCCCUGCAAUUCGAUCUCAAUGCUCACCUAUUCUUUCCGGCGGACGCAUCGGAUGGUUGCUCCCCGAUGAAGCUCGGGGCAUUGCUCAAAUUGCCGAUUGGCGAUGCGCGCGCGAGUUGCCGAGGCGAAGACGGGGCAUGCCAAGGAAUGACCGGCCCGGACACGGACGCCGAUAUGGCUAAGAGGCGGUCAGAAGUGAUCGAGUGGCUCAACAGUUUGUUCCCCGGCCUUGACAUACCGGUCGACGCGUUGGAGGAGGAACUCAGAGCGCGGUUGCUCGACGGAGCUCUCUUGUGUGGCAUCCUCAAGAGGUUUAACCCAGACUACUCGGGGGAGAUCAGGACGGAGAACCGUUCAGAAAACAUAAGGAAAUUUAUUGCUGCUGUUGAACAGGCGGGACUGCCCAGUUUCAAGGUUUCAGACUUAGAACAGGGACCAGCGUCUGCAGUAGUGUACUGCCUUUGGUCUCUUAAGGAUCACCUCACGUCCGACACCGGAGAAAACAGGGAUCUGAACUCUCCGGCGAGGAGCGUAGGUGAGGCAAGAAUAGUAAGGUGGAAAUCUCUGGAGAGCAGGAUUGACGCUCUAAGAGGGGAUACCACCUUAAACGGGCAAAGUUCUGCUAUCUUUGGAGAGGAGAGAAGACACAGCUUUCAUGACUCGAGGUUACAACGCCGCCUGCGAAGUCCCAUCAUGUCUGAGCCAUCAACUCCCCCAACUCAUCAUGUUGGGCAUAAAUUCCAUGAGGUUUUCCAGCUAAAACAAGGGCGUUAUUAUGAUCUUCCUGCGGCUAAGAUCUCGGAGAUGAUGAAAUCAAACAGUUUAGAUAAUGCCCCCACUCAGUCUCUUCUAAGCGUUGUAAACGGAAUUCUCGAGGAAAGUAUCGAGAGGAAAAAUGGAGAAAUACCUCAGCGAGUAGCAUGCUUGCUGAGAAAAGUUGUGCAAGAGAUCGAACGGCGUAUUUCAACUCAGGCAGAGCACAUACGAAAUCAAAACAAUCUCAUAAAAGCGCGCGAGGAGAAGUACCAGUCGAGGAUUAGAGUGCUUGAAACGCUAGCCAAUGGUACACCUGAUGAAACACAGAUAGUUAUGAACCAGCUUCAGGUGCUUAAGACAGAGAAGCACAAGAUCGAAGAGAGAAGCAAAGUUGGUGAAGAAGACAUGGUUAAGCUGACGAAGGAGAAGGAAAAGAGUGACAAGAUAAUUUCAGAUCUUACCCAAGAGUUGGAAACCAUAAAAAGGACGUACGAAGAUCAGUUUCAGCAGAUGGAUACAAAAACAAAGGAAUACCAAAUUGAAAAGCUGGCCAAGGAGAAGGAAAAGAGUGACAAGAUAAUUUCAGAUCUUACCCAAGAGUUGGAAACCAUAAAAAGGACGUACGAAGAUCAGUUUCAGCAGAUGGAUACAAAAACAAAGGAAUACCAAAUUGAAAAGCUGGCCAAGGAGAAGGAAAAGAGUGACAAGAUAAUUUCAGAUCUUACCCAAGAGUUGGAAACCAUAAAAAGGACGUACGAAGAUCAGUUUCAGCAGAUGGAUACACAAACAAAGGAAUACCAAAUUGAAAAGCUGGCCAAGGAGAAGGAAAAGAGUGACAAGAUAAUUUCAGAGCUUAAGCAAGAGUUGGAAACCGUAAAAAGGACGUACGGAGAUCAGUUUCAGCAAAUGGAUACAAAGGCAAAGGAAUACCAAAUCGAAUUGGAGGAGAAGCUAAAGGAUGCCGAAUCCGUUUUGGCCGAAUCGCAGGGGAGAAUACAGGAGCUAGAGACAGAUUCAGAAUCCAAUUUUCAGAACUGGAACCAAAAGGAACAUGUUUUCCAAAGCUUCGUAGAUCUACAAAUGCAGUCGGUGCAGGAAUUGAGGUCGUCUUCCAACUCCAUCAAGAAAGAAGUGAAGGUUUCACAAAAGAGAUGGUUCGAAGAAUUGAACAGCUUUGGGCAACAGCUGAAGGUACUGACUGACGCAGUAGAGAACUACCAUGCCGUCCUUGGAGAAAACAGGAGAUUGUACAACGAGGUCCAGGAGCUAAAAGGAAAUAUUAGAGUUUACUGUCGGAUAAGGCCAUUCCUUCCUGGGGAGAAUAGAAAACAGUCCACCAUAGAUUACAUUGGUGAGAACGGUGAGCUUCUUGUUGUGAAUCCCUCCAAGCCCGGAAAAGAUGGACAGCGAAUGUUCAAGUUCAACAAGGUCUUCGGUUCAACCGCCACUCAAGAGCAAGUCUUCUUGGACACUCGGCCUUUAGUUCGAUCAGUUCUUGAUGGCUAUAAUGUAUGCAUUUUUGCAUAUGGUCAGACUGGAUCAGGAAAAACCUACACCAUGACUGGACCGGAAUCAGCAACCGAGAAGGAAUGGGGUGUCAAUUAUCGAGCUCUGAACGACCUCUUUCAGAUAUCUCUAAGUAGGAGAGACACAUAUCUGUAUGAAGUGGGUGUUCAGAUGGUUGAAAUAUACAAUGAGCAAGUGCGUGAUCUGCUCGGACAUGGCAGCUCACAGAAGAAGCUUGGAGUUCUGACUACAUCCCAGCCAAAUGGGCUUGCCGUCCCCGAUGCGAGUAUGCUUCCUGUCAAAGCUACUUCUGAUGUGCUGGACCUGAUGCAGAUAGGACAUGGAAACAGGGCUGUGAGUGCCACUACUCUCAAUGAAAGAAGUAGCCGGUCGCACAGCAUUCUGACAGUUCAUGUUCGAGGAACGGAUCUGAAAACUGGAACCACCUUGCGAGGCUCUCUUCAUCUGGUAGAUCUUGCUGGAAGUGAGAGAGUUGACCGUUCCGAGGUGACCGGAGAUAGGCUCAAGGAAGCGCAACACAUCAACAAAUCUCUGUCGGCUCUCGGAGAUGUCAUAUUUGCUCUGUCGCAAAAGACCGCUCAUGUGCCGUACAGAAACAGCAAACUAACUCAAGUACUGCAAAGUUCUUUGGGUGGACACGCCAAGACACUGAUGUUUGUACAGAUAAAUCCCGAUACAGGGUCUUUCUCCGAGAGUCUGAGUACCUUAAAGUUUGCUGAGAGGGUUUCCGGGGUGGAGCUGGGUGCUGCAAAGAGUCAAAAGGAAGGGAAAGAUAUCAGAGAUUUGAUGGAACAGGUGGCAUCACUUAAAGAUACUAUUGCAAGGAAAGAUGAGGAGAUUGAACAGCUCCAACAGACGAAAGACAUCAGAUCAAAACAUAGUAACAGCCCACUGAAGCAUUCAUCCUCCACGAAUUCAGUGGUAGGUCAAGAACGGAUGUCAUCUGUAGGAAGGGCAAUGGCUGCUAAUAAGGUGGGUGCAGAUCAUGAGAACUGGUCAGAGCACAGUGGCGAGGUUUCUGAAUCUGGUUCUCACCAGUCCGCAGAUGACAGAAGGCAGCAGAAGGAGCACAGCCAUCCAAAGCUCAGUGGAGAAGCAGCAGAGCAGAGUUCUGCGGACCCUGAGCUCUUGGGCUUCGGUGACGCAGACUCCGAGGAACGAUUGAGUGACAUAUCGGAUGGUGGCCUCUCCAUGGGAACCGAAACCGAUGGUUCGAUCGGCAGCCUCGUCGAGUAUAAUCUCUUCCCGGAACAAGCCAAAUCAUCAGAAACCACCAAAGCGCCUAAAACUCCGACGCGAGUGGCGGCGAAGGCAACGUCUUCGAGGACCGCCCAAGUGCCAGCGUCCCGAACAAGAUCAAGAGACAUGUUGAAGUCCCCAAGUCUAAAGAAAAGCACAAGUCAAGUGGCAAUCUCUUCAUCCAGGACCUCAAAGGUUGUAGGGAAAGCACAGGUCAAGUGAGAGAGCCCAGGUCGCAGCCUUCGUCGAAUCGCUGGCAGCGGAGCGAGUGGUGUUCUCAACCUUCGUCAAUGCGUUUUGCUUGUACAAUUUUGCGAUAGCAGUUAUGAAUGGCGGUGAAGAAGCAACCUUGUCUUUGUUUAUAUAGAUUUCUCUGUAAUGGUGGAAGGGGUAUCUAUCACCUUGUAUUUGUUUAUAUUUGUGUUACUCUAUAGAUUUCUCUGUAAUGGUGGAAGGGGUAUCAUAUUGAUGUUGUGCAUAUAAAGAUAUCAAUACAAUUGUUGUGAUGUGGC